UGCUGCAAUGGCCGAGGAUAUACACGCUGCAGUGAAAGUUGACUCCUGAUUCAGUGUUUCCAUGUUGGCUUUGACGAGCUUUGUUUGGAGGACGGUUAUGUAAAACUCCUCGUAUCUCACAAUAAAAUAUGGAAGUCGUUGUCUCGGAUAAUGACCGAUCCAGCUCCGAGGGGGAGUACGAGCCCAGACUUGAGAGCCGGGAAGCGGCGGACGGUGAAGCGGGGAGGAUGAUGGACGAUGGUCCCGCUGCCGCCGCUGUCGGCUUCGGGAUGAGCGGCACCGGGGAAGGCAAGAUGGUUCUGGGUCGAGUCAGGCCGAGGGACGAGAAGGAACUCCGGUACCUGCACUUGUUGUGGGAGCCGGGACGAAGUGAGCUCGGCCCGGGCGGUGUGACCAGCAAGCCGGGGAAGAUAACGGGGAGUCGGGCCAGGAGACAGCACCGAACCGUCCGGAACCUGGGUCCUAUUGGGAAAGAUAUUUAUGCUGCUAAAAGACUGAGGGAAGCAGCCAACAGCAAUGACAUCGACACAGUGCGAAAGCUUCUGCAAGACGACAUAGACCCCUGCGCAGCAGAUGACAAAGGAAGGACAGCUCUUCAUUUCUCCUCCUGCAAUGGAAACGAUGGCAUUGGUAGGUUGGUGAUGAACCGAACCCAGCAGCUGCACACAGGGGGCCCCUGGAGGUCAACAUUUCUCAAGGAUUCUUACGGGGAAUAA